GUAGAUGUGAAAGAAAAUAAAUAAAUAAAAAAAUAUGUGUAUUUUGUUAAGUAUCUCUAAGAAUAUUCUAAAAAGAAAAGAAAAAAAGAGUAAGUAGGGUAGAGAAUGGCCAAUCAAUGAGAUUUGACCCUAUCAUUAUUACUGUAAUCUCUAUCACAGCCGAUCCGAUCCUAAAACUUGCUUCGUUCCAACGAGUCUUCCCCGAAACAACGCUCACAAACCUCGUCCCUAAUCAACCGAAACACCACAACUGAUAAUCACUUUUCUCAGACCAAUUUGGUCAGACGAAUUAAUCACAACAAACUGCUUCUUACAAUCUUAACUCAACUAGGGUUCUUUAAUUUUAAGAGACAUGGCUCAUAAUGGCCUUCUUGUUCCAGCAGAAGCAAGAAUAAGCCCCCAAUCCCAUUGGACCGUCUUUGAUGGUACUGUUAAAGCUUUCCCACUUUCUCCAGAUGCUCUAAUGGUAGACAUUAAUUCUGCCAUAUCUAAUCUUGAAUUUUCACGAGCCACGGCUCUGUUGGAGUCACGCUCACCACCACCACCAUCAUCUUCUUCUUCUUCUCCUUCGAAAAAGAAGAGCUUUGAUUCGAGUAAAGUGGCUCAGAACUAUGAUGCUCGAAUGGCUGAUGAAGCCUUUACGGCAGGGUGUACGGCCUUCAAUGCUGGAAAACAUGAUGAGGCUCUUCGCUGUUUAAUUGUUUCGCUUUCCAAGUGCCCACCGGGUCAGACUUCCGCCAUUACUAAACUUCAAUCUCUUAUCUCUUUAACUUCUAAGCAACUUCAGAAAUCCACCAACUGAUGUUAAUACACUUGUUGGUUUGUUUGUAAAUUAGAUUAGAUGUUAACUCUAGUGUUUAAUCAAAGUUCUCAAAACUUCAAAUCUUCUUGUUCUUGUUUUGUAAGGAUCUUUUUGAUUCAUAAUAUGGUGAAAAAAAAGUUGUGUUAGUUUCUACUAAGCCCCUUUUAUCAAGAUAUGAUUUUUACAUCUUGGUAAUAGAAAAAGGGGAAAUUUUGGUUAUGACUAAUUGAGUUUUAUUGCUUUAUGAGCAUUGUAGUUAGCAA